GCCAGAAAAUCCCCCAAACACGCUCACACCUCGCACGCGUGAGAAUCCCCUGAGCGCCCCCCUCCUCGCAUGCUCGCACGCUUCCCCCUCCCCAACCCUCUCCCGCCCGACCCGACCCGCCCAUCUCUGACGCCCUCCGCCUUCCUGUUCGGAGCCCCGGCCUACUCCUCGUGAGACGACGCCGUACGAUACAUUUCCGGUCGCCGGAAAAUUCGACCACGGAACCCGGUGAAGCAGCUAGGGCUUCUGAAUGGCGGAAGAGAAGUUGGAUCCGGUAGAAAAGUUGGAUUGGGAGCUCUGAGUGAAGACGAGGAGGUGGAAUUCGAAGAGGAAAUGGAGAAUUCCGGCCAAUGUGGAGUCAAUUUUGCUAGAAUUCGGUCGUGGCAGCUGGUUUUAGAAGUGAUGGUUUCUACAUUCAUGGUAGAAGGAUCAAGAAUCUAGGAUAAUCAGGGGGCUUAAAGUGUAGGAUAAACGGAAUAACGAGAUUAUGGCUUCGGGUCUUCAGAAGUUAAUCACAAGUGAAGAAGAUGAUGACGAAGAAAUGGAGAUGGACGUGAAAGAAGAGGACGAUGGCGAUGAAGAAGAUGAUGAAGAUGGAGAGAAGCAUGUUGAUGCCGCCCAAAUGAUGGUGGGCGUUGAUGGGGAAAUGCCAACAAGAAGUAAUAAUAAUAACCGUUUUCAACAGCACCAUCAAUUUCAAGAACAAGUGGGGACUCCAGGAGGGGGAGGAGCUAGGAGGUGUAGACCGAUAGAAGAGAAAGAGAGAACUAAGUUAAGAGAACGGCAGCGCAGGGCUAUCACUGCGAGGAUCUUAGCAGGGCUGCGGAGACAUGGAAAUUAUAAUCUUAGAGUUAGGGCUGAUAUCAAUGAUGUAAUUGCAGCUUUGGCUAGGGAAGCUGGCUGGGUUGUUCUUCCAGAUGGAACAACGUUUCCUUCAAAAUCUCAGGGUGCAAGGCUGGCUGGUGUCAAUUCUGCGCCAGUGACAUCAUCCUCCCAAAUGGUGUCCCCACAUACUCCUGCUUCCCUUAAAGGAGGUACUUCUAGCUAUCAGAGCCCUGGGGAGCUUAAUGCUUGUAACAUCAAAGGUGUUUAUUUGCCCAGUUUAUCACCUUAUGAUCUCCCCUCAAGUGCUCGGUCCCAAAGUUCAUCCCUUGUGGGAGAAGGAGCAUGUCAAACAGAGAGUCAUCCUCUUAUAGGUGGCUCCAUGGAUAAUAUUGGUGACAAACAGAUUGUUGACAUACCCCUGAAGUUACAAGAACGCGAUUUCUCCAGCACCGCUAACAUUCCAGUUUAUAUAAUGCUACCACUUGGUGUCAUUAAUAUGAAGUGUGAGCUGGUUGAUCCAGAUGGUCUAUUAAAGCAGCUAAGGGUUUUGAAAUCAGUUAAUGUAGAUGGGGUUAUGGUUGAUUGCUGGUGGGGAAUAGUAGAAGGACAUGCUCCACAGGAGUAUAACUGGAAUGGAUACAGGAGGCUCUUUCAGAUGGUGCGCGAGCUUAAGCUGAAGCUACAGGUUGUGAUGUCAUUUCAUGAAUGUGGAGGCAAUGUUGGUGAUGAUGUGUGUAUUCCACUGCCUCAUUGGGUGGCUGAAAUUGGUAGAAGCAACCCUGACAUAUUUUUCACCGAUAGAGAGGGAAGACGUAAUCCUGAAUGCCUUUCGUGGGGAAUUGACAAGGAACGAGUUCUAAGAGGCCGGACAGCUGUUGAGGUAUACUUUGACUGCAUGAGAAGCUUCCGUGUAGAGUUUGACGAGUACUUUAAAGAUGGUAAUAUCUCCAUGAUUCAAGUUGGACUAGGUCCGUGUGGGGAAUUGCGAUACCCAUCUUGUCCUGUAAAGCAUGGUUGGCGAUAUCCCGGUGUCGGUGAAUUUCAGUGUUACGAUCAAUAUUUGCUGAAAAGUUUGAGGAAGGCAGCAGAAGCAAAGGGACACUCCUUCUGGGGUAGAGGUCCAGAAAAUGCAGGUUCUUAUAAUUCCCGGCCAAAUGAAACCAGUUUCUUUUCCGAAGGCGGUGAUUAUGAUGGCUACUAUGGCAGGUUCUUCCUUAACUGGUACUCUCGAGUUUUAGUUGAUCAUGGUGAUCGGGUGCUUUCUCUAGCAAAGUUAGCUUUUGACGGAACCUGCAUUGCUGCAAAGCUAUCAGGUCUUCACUGGUGGUACAAGACAGCCAGUCAUGCAGCUGAAUUGACUGCAGGCUUCUAUAAUUCAUGCAAUCGUGAUGGUUAUGCUCCAAUCAUGACGAUGCUAAAGAAGCACGAAGCUACUGUAAAAUUAGCAUGUACUGAAUUGCACGUGUUAGACCAGCAUGAAGAAUUCCAAGAGGCACUGGGAGAUUCUGAGGGUUUAUUUUGGCAAGUGCUGAAUGCUGCGUGGGAUGUUUGCGUACCAGUUUCUAGUGAGAACGCUCUUGCUUGUCAUGAUCGUAUCAGCUACAACAAGAUAUUGGAUAAUUCCAAGCCCUUGACUGAUCCAGAUGGAAGGCAUUUGUCAUCUUUUACCUACCUUAGGCUCAGUCCACUCCUAAUGGAAAGACAAAACUUCAUGGAAUUUGAGCGAUUCGUUAGGAGAAUGCACGGGGAAGCUGUUGUUGAUCACCAAGUAUAUAGCAAGUAGAACGAAGUCUCGCCAGAUGGUGUUUUAUUUAUCCUCUUGAAGGGAGAGGUUUGUUCGGUUAGUGUAUUUUCUUCUUUUCUUAGAGAAAGAGGAAAAUUUUCAUAGCCCCCAAAAUUGUUGUGCUCAUUAAUUUCCAGAUGCGGGUAUUAGUAUUAGUAUUAGUCAGUUACCUAUACCAGUCGAUAUGACAGUGGCUAACGACGAGAUUCAACUAUUUUGUCAUCGAACAGCGAUCACGAUUGAUAUGUAAAAGUAAUUUAAAUGUAAAAUCCUUGUAGCUUUUAGAAAACAUUGCUUGCGGAA